CGAGGACUUGCGCCGUAUUUGCACAGUCCGGACUAGCAAGGCGUGGCUACAGGCAGGUGGUCUAUAGUUAAGUUGCAGCUCGGUGCUUUUCACGUAAGGAUUUUUUUUCCCUGUUUCGUGGAGGUCUGCACAUUUACCCCGCAAAUAUGCCCAAGUGUCCAAAAUGCUUAAAGGAAGUGUACUUUGCGGAGAGGGUGACCUCCCUGGGGAAGGACUGGCACAGGCCAUGUCUAAAGUGCGAGAAGUGCAACAAGACUCUAUCAGCCGGCUCACAUGCAGAGCAUGAGGGAAAACCCUAUUGUAACAACCCCUGCUACUCUGCACUGUUUGGACCCAAAGGAUUUGGGCGUGGAGGCACUGAGAGCCACACAUUCAAUUAGGCCCUGAUUUGGUUACUUGGCAAGGAAUGGCUGCCAGGAUGUGGACAGAAGGCAGCAUUCAGGCCCCCUUGUAAUCUAUAAUCUAUGAUUUUAAACGAAACACUUCAUCAAGAAGAGCUCUUGUUUUAUUAUUACAGUUUAUUCAUUGUCACUAAUUGUGUUUGUUAGAUGAACAUAGCCAGCCUUUGUUGUACUUAACAGCGAUGCCCUGAUUUGUCACAUAUAAUUGCAAGGGUUUUGUAGUAAUUGCUUAAAUCCCUGUGUUGGUUUUUUUCUACAAAUAAAAAAAAUCAGUCUUGAGUUUGAA